UUUUAGAAAAAGAAAAAUGGGAUAGAAAGUAGAAAAGAGUAAAAGGAAGAGAAAGAGCUAAGCUUCUCUCCCUCCUUCCAUUUCCACUCGAUGUUCAGCUGCCCAAGCUAAGCUCGGAUCUCUAUCCAGCUUUGGUAUUUUCCUUAGCCUUGAGCUUCUCUCCGCGUAAAUAUAAUUUUUUGUUUCUAGAUUAUCUUUCCGUUUCUAUCUCGAAUUGCUGCUUUUCAUGGAUCUAUGAUUGAUUAGUCCUUAGGAUCUUUAAAAACUUUCAAUUUCAGCUUAGAUUUCAAAUCAGGUUUUCUGUUUUUUCAUAUUCAUAAUCUGAUAGUAUCUUCUUUGUGCGUUCUGAUCUAUUUCAGCUGAUCUUUAUCUGCGCUUUCGAUUGAUGUUUGCAUCAGCUUUGUUGUUGAUCUUCUUCGUAAUAGACUACUAAUCUUCUCAAUCUAAUUUUUAUUCUCUGUUGGUUUUCAGGUAUCCAGCGUCUGACAGUUCUGGAUUUUGUUUUUUUUUUCUUUCCUUAUUUAGGGUUUGUUUUCCUCUUUCGUCUCUUUUAAUUCUUUAUGACUAUGAACUUUCUUUAUUUCAAGCUGAAGUUUUUGGUGUUUAGGUGGGAGCUUGAUGUCUAAAUUGUUACUGUCAGUGGUUUAAUUAGAAAAGAGAUGAGUUACACGAGCACUGACAGUGACCAUAAUGAGUCACCAGCUGCUGAUGAUAAUGGAAGUGACUGCAGAAGUAGAUGGGAUGGUCAUGCUCUCAAGAAAGGCCCUUGGAGUUCAGCUGAAGAUGAUAUUCUUAUUGACUAUGUGAAUAAGCAUGGUGAGGGUAACUGGAAUGCUGUGCAGAAACACACCAGCUUGUUUCGUUGUGGUAAAAGCUGUCGUCUAAGAUGGGCUAAUCAUCUGAGGCCAAAUUUGAAGAAAGGAGCUUUUAGUCAAGAAGAAGAACAGCUUAUCGUUGAAUUGCAUGCCAAGAUGGGUAAUAGAUGGGCACGUAUGGCUGCACAUUUGCCUGGCCGAACGGAUAAUGAGAUAAAGAAUUAUUGGAACACUCGUAUCAAGAGGCGACAACGAGCUGGUUUGCCACUUUAUCCUCCUGAGAUGCAUGUUGAGGCACUUGAGUGGAGUCAAGAGUAUGCCAAGAGUAGAGUUAUGGGAGAAGAUAGAAGACAUCAAGAUUUCUUGCAGCUGGGGAGUUGUGAAUCUAAUGUCUUCUUUGAUACUCUUAAUUUUACCGACAUGGUACCUGGUACUUUUGAUCUAGCAGAUAUGACUGCCUACAAAAAUAUGGGUAACUGUGCAAGUUCUCCUCGAUAUGAAAACUUCAUGACACCAACAAUCCCCUCCUCGAAGCGACUUUGGGAAUCUGAGUUGUUGUAUCCUGGGUGUAGCAGUACCAUAAAGCAAGAAUUCUCGUCGCCUGAACAAUUCCGGAACACAUCUCCACAAACGAUUUCCAAAACUUGCAGCUUCUCAGUUCCUUGUGAUGUUGAGCAUCCUCUCUAUGGAAACCGACAUUCACCUGUUAUGAUUCCAGAUAGCCAUACCCCUACGGAUGGCAUUGUUCCUUAUUCUAAGCCCUUAUAUGGGGCAGUGAAGCUGGAGCUCCCUUCAUUCCAAUAUUCAGAAACAACAUUUGACCAGUGGAAGAAAUCGUCAUCUCCUCCACACUCUGAUCUCCUUGAUCCCUUUGAUACUUACAUUCAGUCUCCACCACCACCAACGGGGGGAGAAGAGUCAGAUUUAUAUUCAAAUUUUGAUACUGGUCUGCUCGAUAUGUUGCUUCUGGAAGCCAAGAUCAGAAAUAAUAGUACAAAGAACAAUUUGUACAGGAGCUGCGCUUCAACUAUUCCAUCAGCUGAUCUUGGCCAGGUUACUGUAUCCCAAACUAAAUCCGAGGAGUUUGACAAUUCCCUUAAGAGCUUCUUGGUUCAUUCCGAAAUGUCCACACAAAAUGCAGAUGAAACUCCACCAAGGCAGAGAGAAAAAAAGCGGAAACCUCUCUUGGAUAUAACAAGGCCUGACGUUUUGCUUGCAUCGAGCUGGCUUGACCAUGGUUUAGGGAUUGUGAAAGAGACAGGUAGCAUGAGCGACGCACUCGCGGUUCUCCUUGGCGAUGACAUAGGAAAUGACUAUAUGAAUAUGAGUGUUGGGGCAUCCUCAGGAGUUGGGUCUUGUUCUUGGAGCAACAUGCCACCUGUCUGUCAAAUGACAGAACUACCCUAACGAGCCCGGGAAAUCCUCCACUCCAUUGGUGGUGUGGAUUGGAUUAGAGCCGUUCAGAAUCUGUCAGUUCUCACUUCUCAUGGUCAUGGACUAGCAACUGCCAAUGCAAGAACAAUAUCUUUUCUUUGAGCCUUUUGAUCACAGCCGAUACUUUGUUGGCUUCUGUACCAAUAACCCAUAAUGACGAUUCAUCAGGAGGAUGAAGUGGUUGAUUUUGUAGAACUGGCUUCUUUAAGGACUAUGGUAUACAUACAGACAGUUGAUUUGAUUCAAUGUUAAACAGAGAAUUGUUUCUUUUAAUAUAUUUCUCUUUGG